AGCGCGAGUGGAGAAAUUUGCCUUUUGAACGAGAGCCGGCCUGUCCUUGCCUUGCCUUGUCCCCGCAUUCUCCACUCUAGCUGGCUCAUAAUCAUAGCCAUUGCCUUUGUAAGAAAAAAGAGAAAGCAUCUUCGUGUUCCAAGCUCUUCACUUAACUAUACACAAUUACAGAGAGAGAGAGAGAAAGCGAAUUUGAAUACUAGAAAGAUCCGCCAUGGCCAAAGAAAGAGAGAACCAUGUUUACAUCGCCAAGCUCGCCGAGCAAGCUGAACGCUAUGAAGAAAUGGUUGAUGCUAUGAAAAAAGUAGCGAAUCUGGAUGUGGAGCUGACGGUAGAGGAGCGAAAUCUUCUCUCAGUUGGGUACAAGAACGUGGUUGGUGCCCGUAGAGCGUCGUGGAGGAUCCUCUUAUCAAUUGAACAAAAAGAAGAGACAAAAGGGAACGAUCAGAAUGUCAAAAUAAUUAAAGGUUAUAGGCAAAAGGUAGAAGGUGAGUUAUCAAAUAUUUGCACUGACAUUAUGUGUGUCAUCGAUGAGCAUUUGAUUCCAUCCUGCACGGGUGGUGAAUCCACGGUUUUCUAUUAUAAAAUGAAAGGAGAUUAUUAUAGGUACUUGGCUGAGUUCAAGGUUGGUGAAGAAAGGAAAGAGGUUGCUGAGCAAUCAAUGAAGGCAUAUCAGACAGCCUCCACUACAGCAGAAGCUGAAUUAUCUCCUACCCAUCCCAUCCGACUUGGUUUGGCCUUGAACCACUCAGUCUUCUAUUACGAAAUUAUGAACUCUCCUGAAAGAGCAUGUCACCUUGCAAAGCAAGCUUUUGAUGAGGCUAUUGCAGAAUUGGAUACGUUAAGUGAAGAAUCUUACAAAGACAGCACAUUGAUUAUGCAGCUAUUGAGAGACAACCUCACUUUGUGGACUUCUGACAUACCAGAGGAGGGAGUGGAAGAGGCCCAGAAGAUGGACAUCUCUCAAUCUGGUGAAGGCCAAGAGUGAAAAAACAGAGUUCUUUUGUGUCCUUGGUGAACCAUCUAGUGACUUGGUACCUGUAGCAUGAUAGCAAGGAAGUUGUAAUGCCUAUAUAACUCUCAGAUGUUCUUGCAUAGUUUUCGAGAGACAAAAUUGAAGUACUCUUGUCCCAUUUCUGUUAUGUUGGUUGUAUCUGUGAGGUAGUAUUUUGAUGUUUGGAUUGCCAAUCCCGAAUUACAUUCUUUGCAGCUUUACUUUACAUUUGAACUGAACAAAAUGUUGACAGCAUAUGGGCGCUUACUUACUAUUACAUUCCUGGUGUUUGUUUGCUCAAAA